GCGGCCUUGCCUGAUACACGUGUGCAAAGUUUCCUCCGUUUUGUGUUUCUUGCGUAGCUUUAAGACGGCUGAUUCAGGAGAACCAGUAUCACCUAAACCUCCAGUUAGUGCUGGCGUAAAUAUUAAAGUGUACGGAAAGCCGACGUCAGCUGCACAGCGAUGAAACUGAAACUACUGUACUACCUAACAAACAGAAGUGGCCUCACUCUCCGGUCAAACCCAGUAGUACAUCACCAGUUUUGCUUCGGAGUUUCUGCCCCGCGGCCCAGGAUCCCGCCAUCACCACAGAGUUCCUGUGGCCAGCCGCCCGCGAGCCACUCGUCUCCUUUCUCAUUCCUGCAUUACGUACAGUGUUCAAAUACAGCAGUCACUGCUCAUCUCAUCGUGCUCAUUUCUCGUACCUCUACAAUUACUGGAGUGACGACAAAAUGGAACCACGUGCACCCACAGGUUGCUGUUAACUGAAGCAGUGAAUGUGCUCGUGCGGGGGGAAUUACAUGGAAGCAAGGCUCCUAGCUGUUCAGUCUUCUACUUUCUUUAGUACGGCCCACGGCUGGCGCAAGAUUUUAAGCAGCACGCCUCAGGUUUGCUUCUAUAGCAACCUCCACAUGACCUGCAGAAAGAAUGAAGUCGCAAGUGAUUAUGC